AUGUUCUACUGGAAGCAGCUGCAAUACAAAAUCCAAAUCAUUGGAGCCAUCAUUGCCUUGAUCUUAAAUUUUAUUCUAAUUAAACUAAUUAUCGCGCAUUCACCAAAGGAAAUUGGAGAUUAUAAAUACUUGAUGUUAUUCAUUUCGUGUUUUAUGAUGUAUUCACUGCUUGAUGUAGUUGUUCAACCGAUGUUCCACUCUUUUCAAGCAGCGUUUAUUUUUAUCAUAGACACCGCAUCUUCUAAAAUCGACAAAUUUUUUUGGCAAGCUCUAGGAUUGAUCUACGCUGAUUUCUUCGCCUCCACCAUGGCAAUCUUUUCGAUUCAUUUUGCAGACCGUUACUGGAUAAGCGGCGUUAAUGAGAAUAAAUUUAAAUGGUUUCGAAGACCAAGAAUUUUCAUAUGGCUUCUCGCUCCAUUUUCAUUAUCAGUUAUUUGGUCAAUUGGUAUCAUCACUGGAACCCUGCCACGUAAAAGUUCAGAUGACUAUUUGAGAGAUAAUGUUUUGGAACGGCUUGACUUGAAUAUCAGCAAAAUUGUAUAUUUCGCUCCCUAUUUUUAUGAGAAAAAUGAGACGGGCCAAAAUUUGAUUUUUUGGCCAGCUCUAGCUGCACUUUGUUUGGAUUCAUCAAUCAUCAUCAUGUCUCUUGUAUUUUCAAUUUAUUAUGAUGUAAAGUGUUGGUGUAGAAUGAACGAAAUUUUUUCAAGUUCUUCAACGCACUUUCAAUAUAUUCAAAGUCAAUUAUUCUACGCAUUGGUGGCUCAAACUAUGAUCCCAGUGAUACUAAUGCAUUUCCCAGUACUCACAAUGUUCAUUUGUUCAUUUAUGGGAAUUGAUGCUGGAUCGAUCAGCAGUAUUGUGUCAGUGACAAUUGCUCUAUUCCCAACUCUGGAUCCACUUCCAACAAUGUUCAUUGUGACCCAUUAUCGGAAUGCGAUCAAGAGUUACUUUUUAACUCGACUUGAAAAGAUUCGAAAGUCAAAGUGCGGGAAAUGUUUGAAAAAGAAAGAAAUGGUCAACCAUGGUACAUGA